AUGGAAGAUGAACAGCAACUUGCAAAAGUUAUCACAGAGAUGCCAAAUUUUGUUCAAGAAUAUACUCUCAUGCAAAGUAUGAAGCAAUACUUCGCUGCCCUCCGCCAUACAAGAGGUCAUAAUCCGGAAGGUUCUCCAAUAGAUUUGGAAGUUCUUCUGUUAUUAAAACUAAUCCUCGGCUCUGUUGACAAUCCUAUUCAAACACUACAUACAGUUGGAAUAAUCAUAAUUGGCGAUGAAAUUGCCAUAAAUGCAAAUUAUUUAAAAACUUUUCUUUCAACAUGUCGUUCAAGAAUCAAUAACUCUAUGAAGCAUCUUGGAUGGGAGCUAUCGAACCAUGACAAAACAACAAAAUCAGAGUUGCUUCAGCCUUUAGUCGAUAGAAAAGAUUCAAGAAACUGGACAAUACGUACAAUACCUCCAACAUCAGCAGUAUAUACAUUUAUUCAUGAAAAUCCUUCAGUAAGACUUCGAAUGACAACAAAUCAGCCACAAGAUCUUCCUUUAGGUCAAAUCAUACUAGAACCUGGUCAAGGUGAUGAUAAUAACGAUCAAUAUAAAAAGGAUGUCUCAUCACCUCAUAUAUAUGGUGUCAAAAUGAAUUAA